AGAGGUUAGGAGAGGAAGGACGAGGAAUAGGGACGAAGGGAAGAGCUCAGGGAAGCGGGAGACCUGUCCCUUGGACCAGAGGAGAAGCCAGGUAUGGGGAGCCACAGAACAGGUGGAAGGAGAGAACAUUGGACUCAGAGACAGGAGAAUGAGGGGCGAGCAGGAUAGCACAUGCGCGAGCGACCCGUAUUCCCGUUGGCUCCAAGGAAGAAAAUGCCGGAGUAGGUGGGGCGUCUGGCCCCGCCUUCGCUCUCCCAGUUUCCGGAUCCGGGUCUGGCUGGGGUUGGUGGUGGGAGUGGCCGUGACUUUAAAGUCUCAUGGAGGCCUAAGGGAACCUGGGAUGGGACGUGGGGAUGAGCACUUUGGCAUUGGAGAGCCUCCUGGGCCGGGAGCAGCGAGACGGGACAGUGGGGCUUGGAGCCCUCCGGUCGAAAUAGAGACCCCUGAGGAGGAGCGAGGGCCUGAGGGAGACCUGACCCCAGUGGAGAGCUCCUGACCCUCUCCCCCCGCCACGAGAGAAUUCUUGACCUCCCCUUUCACAGGGUCCCCAAAUCUUUUCCCGUUUUCCAGAGAUCCCUGUGGCUCCUGUAACACUCCAAAAAAGAGGUACCUCAUUUCUGCCCCCUGCUUUAGCCUCUUAGGAAAGAACCCAUUCCCGUGCCCCUUCCAUUUUCGUUUGGAAGAGCCCCCAGCCUUUCCCACCCGAAGGAACAACCCACCUGUUUUUUUCUCCAGUUCUGGUGUAGCUCUUCCUCAGGGCAUAACCAUCCCCAGGAAAGUAACCUGAUUGCCCCUUUUUGAUACACUUAGGCACCAUCCACCUUUUCUUCCUCCCUCUCUGCUAUUCUUUCCUUUCUCCCUUCUCUACUACCUUUCCCACCUUCCCUCUUUUUUCCUUCAUUCCCUCCUAACUUCCCAUCCUUUCCCUUCCUUCCUUCCUUCCUUCUUUCCUUCCUUCCUUCCUUCCUUCCUUCCUUCCUUCCUUCCUUCCUUCCUUCCUUCCUUCCUUCCUUCCUUCCUUCCUUCCCUCCCUCCCUACUAACUUCCUUUCCCCUUCACUCCCACUUCCCUCCCUUCCUCCCUCCCUUCCUUCCUUCCUUCCUCCCUCCCUCCCUCCCUCCCUCCCUCUUCUUCCUCCUCUUGGGGGAAAGGGGAAAAGAUACCAGUAGCUACCCUUUUAAAGGAUUCUCCAAUUCAAUUUUGGAUUGGGUGCCCUUAGGAGAAAAGAGAGAGAAAGAGAUAGUGGUUGGUGUGGUUGGUGUGGGAAGAAGAAGGAGGAGACAGACAGGUAGAGAAAAUAUACUCCCACACUGACUUUCAUUUCCACAGUGAGUGCCCCUUCCUUUUUAAAAAGGUCAUUCUGCUCUCUUCUAGCAUACAUUUUGCUCCCUCUUCCCUAUCUUAUUUAAAGGGGGAUUUCCUGUUCUAUGGUAGGUUUUGCUCCAAAGAAAAGUUCUUUCCCCUGCCCCUUGGGCCCAAUCAUCCCUAGUCUGGGAGUCCAGGACCUGGGCUGGGGCUCCUUUCAGUGUGCCCACCCUCCCAGUACUAGUUUUCUGCAUGGCUAGUGGACGUCCAGUGUCCUUUGUUGACUGAGUAACUCUCUUCCUGGGCCUUGGGUAUUGAAUGUGUUACUUGGUCUCUGAUAAAGUUGGGCAGACGACCUUAAUUUUUGUCCUGGGGGAUUGGUGACCCUCCUGCCCCCCCCCCCCCCAACAUGGGCCGAAAGAAGAAGACUUUACAUGAGUAUGCAGCUGAGUUCACAGACCUAGGGGUAAAACAGCAACUGCUUGAACACAGUGAGUCUGGUGGCACCUCUGUGGUGGAGAUUCUCUACUGCAAAUCCUGUGAGCUGCCCAUGAGGGUAAGGAGGGACCGCAUCCUGGAGCACCUGUCCUCUGGCAGGCAUUACAGGAACCGUCGGCUAGUUAAGCAGCAUGGAGGCCACACUCCUGUCCUCGUACCUGCAGCCUCAGAACUCAGUAGUGGCCUCCCUGUCCAAGUUGAUCCUCCUCCAGCCUUGCUUUCUCAGCCUUCCUGUGUUUUACCAGGUGCUCCCUGCAUCACCAGUGCCAGUACCAGUACCAGUACCAGUGCCAGCAUGGUGCCUUCGCCUCCUUCCUACCACAAAGCUUUGUUUCCUGCCCACCCCAGUGCCACCAGCUCCACAACCAGCACUGUGCCUGUCAGAAAAGACCAAACUCCAUCUACCUCCACCAACCACACUUCUCCAUUCAUGACUCUUCAUGGGAGAAGCCCAAUAGUCCCCUCAAAACAGACUAGCCAAAGGCUUGUUAUUUCAGAAGCAUCCAACAGUGUGGCUUCUGGAAGUGGAGCAGGAUGGUUUCAUAGCAAUGGGGCCUUGGGAAGCAGCCUUGGCCUGGCUCUCUUUGGGGUAGGGUAUGGGAACAAGGCCUUGUUUCAGAGCUUAGUGGAAGAAAGCAGGUGUUGCUUGCUUUACAUUGUUGAAGAUCAGCUGUCUGAUGUUGAGCAGGCCUUCAGAUCUGACUAUUUGGUGAACACCCGGGUGCUUCGAGAGCAAGAUGCCGACAUUGUACUUAAUGAUCAGCGGGUCUCUGGAGUUGUUAUCUGUUCACCCCCUGAAGCAGCUUCUGAAAUAGUGAUGGAUGCUUUGAGAGCAGGGAAAGGUGUGUUUUGCGAGAAACUUCCUACUUUGGAUAGACAAAUUGCUGAGAUGUGUUUCGAUGAAGCUAACAGAUGUGGGAAACCAUUAGUCUGUGGAUUCUACAAGCGUUUUGAUCCAGCUUUACAAUUCUUGUACCAGAAAGUCCGUGAGAGCCACGCACUAGGGAGGAUACAUCGGAUAGCUGUUGUUAGCAGCCUCUAUCCGGCAGCUUCUCUCAGUUUACUAAGGAAGUCAGGAGGGAUUUUUUAUAAUGCUGCUGUACAUGACAUGGACAUCAUUACUCUCUUGUUGGGAGAAAGCAUUCCAGAUACAGUCUUUUCCUUGGGACAUGCAUUCUGCUCAGACUUGUGGCGUCUCUCAUCCAGGCAGAGAGGCCAGGCUCUCCUCAUUUGGGGCUGGUGUUGGUGGGACCAGUCACAUGUACUGGAAGAUUCCCAUGAGAACCAUCUGUCCCAAGGAUGCAGUGCCCAGCUACAGAAUUAUGUGGCCUCUUUGGACGACGUCGACAGCGCCAUGAUCAGCAUGAAGUUUCCUAGCGGGGCCAUCGUUAGCCUGGACGUCAGUCAGCACUGCACCAGAAGCUGCGAUCAGAGAGUGGAGGUCCAUGGGUCUCAAGGAACAUUACGGGUCGAUAAUCAGAACCCCCUGGGGAUUAUUGAGCAUGGAACCUCUGUGUCCGUGUACUCACACACGCAUGCCGAUCGGUACCAAGAAGCAUAUAGAAGACUCUUUCGACACUUUCUCAGAGCCCUUAAAGGAAAAGAACCCCCAGUCAUCCCCAAAGAGCAGUUUCUCUGGAGCAUUCAAUUGGCUGCAGCAGCUGAGCAGUCCUGGCGGGAUGGGUCGGCUGUCGACCUACGCAAUGAAGGGCGAGACACAGAUGCUGUGACAUCGAUUAUUAAGACUGAAAUACUGUGAAGAAGGAAGGCCUUGCUGAAGUUUUGCUAAAGAAGGCAAUCUUUUAUUAAUUGCAGUCUUCUGUGACAUUAUUUCCACUGGAAACCAAGAGCUAGGAAUUUGGGGAAAAUAUAUGAAUAUAGCCCUGAUGUAGCAAGUAAUUUUCUUAAGCUAUUCUGUUAGGCCCAGAAAUGAGGCUUGGAGGGCAUCAUUCUGCCAGUGUGAUUUCCUUUGUAUUUGAAAGGGGACCCUUAGGGGAGAAAGAUAGACACUGUUUUUAAAGAACCCAUCGACACAUAUGCAUUAUCUAUCCAGAGCAAUGCACCAACCACUUAGUUUCCACAUUAUAGAAUGAAACAGGUUCAUAUGAAAGUUGUUUCGGAGUUCUCUUAUUUUGGGGGGGGCAGUAGGAGGAGUAGAAUGGGUGAAAGAGAAUGAUACUCCUUUUUCCUCUGAGAGAAGAGAGUAAGAUAAACAGUUUAAGAUAAGGCUUUUCUCCCCUCCAACAGUCAAGUCUAGAUGGGAUUGUGUGUAAAUAUCCCAGAAAAAGAGAGUGCCUUCUCUGCUUUAAGCCAAGUUUUUGGGGUCUCCUUUUCAUUCUUUUGUCAGACUUAUUGCAAAUGUUUUUAUAUACUUGGAAAUUCUUGUCUGUAAUUUCCCAUAUCCUACUUUUUCAAGUAAAAGUAAGUUUUCUAACAAAGCAAAAUGUCACUCUUGUGUUCAACGUGUCAGUGUUACUCUGGUCAUUUUUUCUUCAUGGAAGACUAUGUACUCUUUGAAAACCUAUUUGGCAACAGUAUUACUAAAUCUAUGAUCAUUUGUGGGACAUAUUUUUAACUCAGAUCACCCAGGCCUUAGAAAGCCAUGUCUUUAGGACACAUUUUACAGCCCCCAAAACAGCGGCCAUCUUUGUAGGUUAAUUUCCUGGUCACUUUUAUAGGAAGAUGGUUAUGAACAAAAACUGACCUCCCUGAGCCCAAAGGCAGCUCUAAUGAAAAGUCCUGCAGAGAUGGAGACUUUCCCUUCAGCACAGAAGUGCAUGUCUGUGGCUGUGGAGCUCGACUGUCUCUUCCUAACGUAAAGGGGAGCAUCCACUCAUAAACACUUGUUGCUUCCAGGGCUGGAGGUCUGAACUCUAAUCCCAACAACCUCUUGGUUUUAGCAAGAAGUAGCUUCCUUUGCCCAGCAUGCCCCCCACCCUCCAUAGUGGCCCUCCUACACAGAUUUGCCCAUAAUGUAUAUAUAUAUCAGGGUCUUAAAAAUGAUACUAAACUCUCUAGGACUUCCAGGAGGACAUGUUAAAAUCCCAUUUUGUGUCUUUCAGAAUCACGACUCAUUACAUUGCUUCACCUCUUUCCCCCUUCUCCCCUACCCUAAUGGAGAGGCCUUGUGGAGUGAAUGAGCUUCAAAUUCAGGAAGACCUGGGUUCAAGUUCCAUCUCAUGCUGUUUCUGUGACCCUGGGCAAAUCCCUUGAAUUCUCAUUGUUCUAGGACCAAGUUGUAGAGACGGUGCCCUCUUACAAUGGGGGAGGGAGUUUUCUUGUCAUGAAGCUCCCUCUAGCAAGAAAAUCUUAGGUUCAGUCCCUACUGUGAAGCCAUCAGGUAAGUGAUAGAAGGUGGCACCUUCCUUGGACUUGGGGAAGAGCCAAGGCCUACUAGAAGCUCAAUCACUUAGUCAGGUAAGCGACUCAAGUAUUUGUGUGUCUUAAUUUCCUGGUGGGUCAUGUGUAGAUGGUAACUACCUCUACUGAUGAGUAUCAUUGUGUAAAAGGGCUUCACAUUCCUUGCCUGGAAGGAGCCUUAAAAACAACUUCAGACUACUUGUUUUUCAAAAACAUGAUUCUCUUUCCAUUUAUUAAUAUUAUUGCAUUGUUAUCUGUAGUAAUUAAUGACUACCAGUAAUAAUUAUAAUUUGUUUUUAAUUAUUUUAGUAUUACUAUAGACCAGGGGGUAUGGGGGAACUUCCAGUAUACAAGCUCCCUUCACUGAUGCAGAGCUGCAAGCCAUCCUAGUCUUAGAGAAGUUAGUCUUAACUGGAGGUCUGUGAAAUUAUUUUUUUUCUAACUUUUUGACAACUAUAUUUCAAUAUAAUUAGUUUCUUUUGUAAUCCUAUAAUUUUAUUUUUUAAACAUCUUCAAUUGUUGUUUAUCAGUUAGUCUGAGAAAGGUUCUAUAGGUUUCACCAGACUUCCAAAGGAGUCCCAUGACACAAUAAAGGUUUAGAACCCCUCUUCAAAUUGCCUAGAAACGCUGAGAAAAGUCACUUGCCUAGAGUCAAACAGCUAGUGUGUUAGAGGAAAGACUUGAACUCUUGGCUCUCUUUUCACCGUGCUAUUCUUCUAAAUUUGGAUUCAGAGGUUUUGCAUGUAAUACUCAGAAUUUGAAGAGAAUUGUCCACCAAGUUUUGGGUUCCCAAAUGCAACCCUUUUUCAGCCUCUGGAGUUGUCAGCCUACCUGCAAAUACUUCCUCCAGUUAUUGAAAGUGGCAGCAUUCUUGUUUUUAGCAAGUUAUAAUAAAUUUGAUCAUUUUAACCAACCUAACCAUGAUCUGCCUCAGCUUCAUCUGUAAAAUGGGAUAUAAUAGCCCUUAUCUCCCAGGAUAGUUAUGAUUUUUAAAAAAACCCUCACCUUCUCUCUUAGAAUCAAUACAGUGCAUUGGCUUCAAGGCAGAAGAGCAGUAAAGGUUAGGCAAUGGGGAUUAAGUGACUUGCCCAGAGUCACCCAGCUAGGAAGUAUCUGAGGCCAGAUUUGAACCCAGGACCUCCCGUCUCUAAGGCCUGACUCUCAAUCCACUGAGUCACCUAGCUGCUCCUAUAAGAUAUUUGUAAAGCACUUUGCAAACCAUAAGGCACUCUAAACUGUAGCUGUGAAUAUUUAUUAUUAUUUUCUACAUUCAUUCAGGCCAUUUGGUGGCCAUAUUUGAGCUCACAGAGUUUGGGGAGUUGCCAUUUAACCACAAGAAACCUUUCCAUUUGAACAUGUGCUUUAUUAUGUUACAAACCCACAAACACAGCUAAAAAAAUAAUACAUUUUCCCAAGAUAACAUUACCCAAAAAAAGUUAACAAUAUUGUUGGAAUAGAUCCAGUAAUACUGCCUGAAAAAGCAUGAUAUAACAUUGAAAACAUGAGUGAUUUUUUAAAAAGUCUUAAAGCAUUUAAAGUGCUUUAAUUUGCUACUAACAUAGAAGCACGUGUCUGUUUAACUGAAACACUGGAGAGUUCUUAUCCCCCAGAUAUCAGAAGUCAUACCCAUGGCUGGUUCUGGUUGAGUUCCUAAAGGUGCCUGAUGGGUAAAUCACAAUGAAAUGGCCUGUUUUCCAUCAGAGAAGGAUCAGGUGGCCUAUGUUAAGACCACCAUGUAUGGCCAAUUCAGGGUUGUUUUCUUUUUGAGAGAAUAAAUGGUUCAGUGGCCUUAGAGGAAACUUCUAGAUGGAGAUCCAGUGAACUACAGGAUCUUCCAGGACUCUUGGGAAUGAAUGAGCCAGUGCCAAGACCAAGACAGUGCCGGAUACAGAGUAUUGGGAACUUAGAACUGGUACGACCAAUGGAAAGAAGAGCUCUGCCUAAGGAAGGCAUUUACCUCUAUGGUUAGAUUCUGAAGGUGGUAAAUGUUCUGCAGCCCUUGGGAUGUGAAAUACUCGAUGCAGUUCGGACACCCCAAUCCUGUUAAAAAACUGAAGAAAGAGGUUAACUUCUUAGGGAUGUAAGCCCUGACCUCGUAUUGCCAACCCUCAGGGAUGGGCUGAUUCUUUUCAGUGAUGCACACUGGGACUUUUCCUUGGGCUCCUUCUUUUAACACAUUUUUCAAUGCCUCAGGACUUAGAGACGCAUCAGACUUCAGAUAUUUACUUAAACAUGGAGAAAUAUCAAUAGAGCAAGUCCUUGCAUCUGCCCCUGGUUAACUUAUUUUCAUAGUCUAAUGGAUUUAGAUGUCCGCUAGUCCUACCCCUGCAUUAUACAAAUAAGGAAACCAAGGCUUAUAAAAGUCAAAGGACUUGCCCAAGAUCACAUAAGUAGUAAAUAGCAGAGCAAGGAUCUGAGCCUAGAUUCUCUGUCUUUCUCAUAUUGAUUAACAAUGUGAAUAAGCCAAAUUAGAGCCCUUCAACAGUCUCCCUUCUAGCACCUGGAAUCAUUCCCUCUUUCCAGAUUCCAUUAAGAAUCUGUGGAGUGGACAGAGAAAAAUGGAUCCUAUCACAUGAGUAGUUCUGCCUACCCUCAGUCUCAUCAUUAGCUAUCUGCCCAUUUAAGCUGCCUCCAGGGAUUGUUGUCAUAGUGAGUCUAGCCUAUAAACCAGUAAGACCCCCAUUUUGUUUGUACAAGGAGGGACAUUCUGGGGAUCUGGGGGACUUUAUAAUGGCCUCUACCUGGGAUCCUUUCCCAGCCUUUUUCCUCUCCCAGAUGUGCAGGACUCUCUUGGAGCCCAAGUAGACAGAACUUAGUACGGCGACUAGCACAUACAAAGCACUUAAAUGCUCGUUGAAGCUGUGGAUUCUCAGAUCAAAGCAGAAGAGUUGACGGAGUGCCCUAACACAUCCCAGCUUCCUCAUCCCCAGCCCUUCUGGAAAAGCAAAACCAGCCAGCCAGCCAAGCAACCAACCAAACAGAAGAAAAGUUGCCUUUCACCUCUUCGCCUUAGUCCCUCUUAGGGCCAAAAAGGAUAUUACCUGUACACAGUUUUCUAAAAAUGAUCUUUGCGUGUAUCUCUACUAUCCAAUCCAGCCUUUUCUGUUUUGUUUAGAGUUAUUUCUUUGCACAUCUUACAUCAAUUUUUGUAUUAUAGUUAUUUCUACGGGUGCCCUA